UGAGACCGGCGGCUGAUAUUCGAAAGCUCCGCCUGGUUUUCGGCACGUCCCAAAUCUCCGCGUCCCUCCAACGAGCACAUCUUCAUGUCUGUCUCGUCCCAUUCGCGUUGCUCCUCCCUGGUUCAUCUUUCGGCUUCUCCUUCGGGAACAUUGACUAACAAUUAGUUGCACGCCGCGGACGCGACCCGCUGUGACGUUCUACCCUGCCAAUAGACACCCGCGUGAUCGCGAGUAAAAAAAGGAAUAAUCGAUCGCAGGUAUCGAGCAAGUGCAAAUUGUGCCGUUCGGGCGCAAGUGACAAUGACGUUGAUCAACGAUCAAAGUGUGGCCAUUAAGAAAAGAAAAUAAUUUCUAUGCCUCUUUCUACGCAAAGUUACGUCGCGUAACUUUGUACUUUGGUCCUCGGUCUCUAUCUUGAGAGAAUUGGGUUAAUAUUAAUGAGUUAAAAAAAUUAAACAGUGAUUUGCGGCAGCUUGUUAUUUCGGACUUUGUCACUUGUGUUCACUUAUGUCCGAAGUUCCGUGUGAUUAUAAAUAUAUUUCGUUGCGAAUGUGUGUUAAAAUAAACUGAAGUCUCGUGCCUUAAGAAAUCUUUAGAUUAUGAUGCCUCGAAAACGACGCGCCUCGACAUCGUCGUUGGAAGAAUAUCCUUCUGACGAAAAAUACAUGAAGGACGACAUGGACAGUCGUGCUCCGCGAAACGCUGCCAACGCCCGAGAGAGGGCUCGGAUGCGCAUUUUAAGUAAAGCGUUUUGCCGAUUGAAAACGACUCUACCUUGGAUUCCAGCCGAUAGCAAAUUGAGCAAACUGGAUACGCUACGUUUGGCCGCCACGUACAUCGCUCAUCUGCGAGCGGUGCUUCGAGAUGACGGCGAAGCCCACCCUGAAACCACUAAAUCCUUGUCGCUGGCCUUGUCAUGGCCGUUCGCUAUUCAAAGUAACAAUGCAGCCACGCUUAUGAACAACAGUUGCAACGUGUCCUCCUCGACGUCUUCGAGCUGUAAUCAGUAUCGAGGCCAGCAAGCGACUCAUGAUAUCCAAAACUUCCAUCAUUCAGGUCAUCAGGGCGGGUCCGCGCGCCACAAUCAGGAGCAACAGUUCUCUUAUUACUAGCAAAAAAUUCUGACAAUCCGAUCAGAGCCUAACUACAGCGAGCGAUAUCUACGAAGAACGACCACCAGCUGGGUAAAACGACGACGACGACGGUGCUACGUCGUGCCUUAUUUAUUCCAAAGUGCCUUACUCUAGUAUUUAUUGACUUAAUCUUAAUGUAUAAUUACUAUUUGCAUCUUCACUUUUGCGCGACAAGGGAAUGAAGGCUAAUCUACAACGUGUCCUUUGCGCCUAGAAACAUUCCAUUUCCUAGCCAAUAAAUACCUUUACAAAAUUUGGGCAAGUUGAUAAAUUAUGCAAAAUGUUUUUACAUAAAAUAGAAUGUUUCUAGAUGCAGAAAGCACAUUGUAGAUUAGGCUUAAUACUUAUUCAUGACUCGACUGUAUGCAUUUUUGUAUAUCAAAGAAUGUAUAAUCUAUUUUGCACAUUUUAGGAAGAUUCAGUAUAGUAAAAUUAUACACAUAGUAAAAUACAAUCGUAUUUUUGUUUUAUAUUUUAUAAAUAGGAGAAAAACAUUCAGUAAUCUAACGUUCUCGAGUUGUCUUUGUUCGACAUCUUUCGCGAAGGGAUGUUAUACAUUCGCGAAGAUUGUUUCCUUGUCUCACGUACUCACUGCAAUAUCAUAUAAUAUUGUGAUCGUAACUGAUACCAAAGCAUGUUAGUACAAUAAAAUGUCACUAGAAUUUUCAAGAACCUCCCUUGUAUUAUUUAAUGCGAUAUCUUCUACCGAAAGAUGUUAUUCGUUCGCAGAGAGAUUGUCUCACGCACUUGCCGAAUCAUAUAAUAUUGUAAUCAUAAUCGAUACCGAAACAUGUUAACUAGUCCAAUAAAAACGUUUGUAAGAUUUUCAAGAA